AUGGAGUUUGAGGUGGGACAAGCCCUGGCUUUGGGCUCCAAGCCCUCCUGGUGGGGUUUGAGGUGGGACAAGCCCCGGGUCUGCCCUCCCAGCCCCCCCGGUGUUGCAGGCUAUGGCUUCGUGGAGUUCCUGAGCGAGGAGGACGCUGACUACGCCAUCAAGAUCAUGAACAUGAUCAAACUCUACGGGAAACCCAUCCGGGUCAACAAAGCCUCGGCCCACAACAAGAACCUGGACGUGGGGGCCAACAUCUUCAUCGGCAACCUGGACCCGGAGAUCGACGAGAAGCUGCUCUACGACACGUUCAGCGCCUUCGGGGUGAUCCUGCAGACCCCCAAGAUCAUGAGGGACCCGGACACGGGGAACUCCAAGGGUUACGCCUUCAUCAACUUCGCCAGCUUCGACGCGUCGGACGCGGCCAUCGAGGCCAUGAACGGGCAGUACCUGUGCAACCGCCCCAUCACCGUGUCCUACGCCUUCAAGAAGGACUCCAAGGGGGAACGACACGGCUCGGCGGCCGAGAGGCUCCUGGCAGCUCAGAACCCCCUGUCCCAGGCUGACCGGCCCCACCAGCUCUUUGCAGAUGCUCCUCCACCUCCUUCCGUCCCCACCCCCGUCGUCACCGCCUUGGGACCCGGGGUCACCCCGCCCGGUCUCCCCCCUCCGGGCUCCUUCCCGCCUCCGGUGCCACCCCCAGGAGCUCUGCCGGGAUUCAGCCCCUCCUCCUUCUUCCCUGAGAUUGUCCCUGGAUUUACAGGGGCCAAUUACCCCUGGCAGAGGAAUUCCCAGGAGAGGAUCAUCUGGGCUUGGGCUGGGGGGCAACCCCCUCCUCGCCCUCCACCUGGAAUGCCCCACCCUGGACCUCCUCCCAUGGGAAUGCCACCUCGAGGACCUCAUUUUGGGGCACCUAUGG